UGCCAGCGGGGCGAAAGCCGGUGGAGAGGAGGAUGCACCCUCACCGGCGGCUCGCCUCCUGGGGCCAGCGCGAAGGCUACAAGACUGAGCUGCAGAAAGAAAGAGUUACUCUUCUAAACUCAUCUGCUUCAACUAUUAUUCUCCUUGGGAAUGGACAAUGGAAAGUUCUCUAGCUUUAUCAUGAUCAAAAACCUUCUUCUCUUUUGUAUUUCCAUGAACUUGUCCAGUCACCUUGGCCUUUCACAAAUGCCCACCAGUGCGGUAAAAGAUGAGACCAACGACAACAUCACCAUCUUCACGCGGAUCCUGGACGGGCUCCUGGACGGUUACGACAACAGGCUGCGGCCCGGGCUGGGAGAGCGCGUCACCCAGGUGAGGACCGACAUCUACGUCACCAGCUUCGGCCCGGUGUCCGACACAGAAAUGGAGUACACCAUCGACGUGUUCUUCCGACAGAGCUGGGAGGACGAAAGGCUUCGCUUUAAAGGGCCCAUGCAGCGCCUGCCGCUCAACAACCUGCUGGCCAGCAGGAUCUGGACGCCCGACACGUUCUUCCACAACGGCAAGAAGUCCAUCGCGCACAACAUGACCACGCCCAACAAGCUGCUGCGGCUGGAGGACGACGGCACCUUGCUCUACACCAUGCGCCUGACCAUCUCUGCUGAGUGCCCCAUGCAACUCGAAGACUUCCCAAUGGAUGCCCACGCGUGCCCCCUGAAAUUCGGCAGCUACGCCUACCCCAACUCCGAGGUCGUCUAUGUCUGGACCAACGGGUCCACCAAGUCCGUGGUGGUGGCGGAAGACGGCUCCAGACUGAACCAGUACCACCUGAUGGGGCAGACGGUGGGCACCGCGAACAUCAGCACAAGCACAGGCGAGUACACCAUCAUGACGGCGCAUUUCCACCUGAAGAGGAAGAUCGGGUACUUCGUCAUCCAGACCUACCUGCCCUGCAUCAUGACAGUCAUCUUGUCGCAAGUGUCCUUCUGGCUCAACAGGGAGUCCGUCCCUGCCAGGACCGUGUUCGGGGUGACCACAGUGCUGACCAUGACGACCCUCAGCAUCAGCGCCCGGAACUCCCUGCCCAAGGUGGCCUACGCGACAGCCAUGGACUGGUUCAUCGCCGUGUGCUACGCCUUCGUCUUCUCCGCGCUCAUAGAGUUCGCCACCGUCAACUACUUCACCAAGAGGGGCUGGGCCUGGGACGGCAAGAAAGCCUCGGAGGCAGCCAGGAUCAAGAAGGAGCGUGAACUCCUACUGAGUAAGUCAACAAACGCUUUAACUUCCGGGAAGAUGACCCACCCCCCAAACAUCCCCAAGGAACAGACCCCAGCGGGGACCUCGAACGCCUCUUCAGUCUCAGUCAGGCCGGAAGAGAAGACUUCGGAAAGCAAAAAAACCUACAACAGCAUCAGCAAGAUCGACAAGGUGUCCCGGGUCGUGUUCCCGGUCCUGUUCGGCACCUUCAACCUCAUUUACUGGGCCACGUACUUGAACAGGGAGCCGGUGAUCAAGGGUACUGCCUCGCCCAAGUAGGCCACAGCCCGCCCAGCGCGGGGACGGCGGUGCGGCCGCGAGUGGGACUGUGGGGAGCAGGGCUCGGAGGGGCCCGCCGCGCUCGGGCACUACCGUUCAGGAAAUUUUUGCAUGUUUAAUAAUAUGUACAGAUAAUAUUGCCUUGAUGUUUCUAUAUGUAACUUCAGCUGUUUCGAAGACGUCACAUUGAGAAAUAAAGCAAACACCUUUCUAGAAAAACCGGAGACAACUCUCUGAGGCUCAGACGCUCGGGAUCUUACACUAUAGUUUACAAACAAGAUAAGUCUAUUUUUAACUGUUCUAAGCGUUACCUAACAAUGUUUUUAUACUUCAGAUGCCAUUUCAUACACAUUUCCCAGGGCGUAAAUAUUCUAGGGACUGCUCCGUGACUAGUACCUGCCCACCGCGUGCGAAGCCACGGUCACAAGGAACACGUUUUUCCGCGGCUGGGAAGUAUCGCCUCUGAUCAUUCUUACUGUUCUGGAACCAUAAAUGCACUGCAUGAGCUCACACGAAGUAGAGUAGGCAGCCAUUUACGCAGACAAACCGACUAACGGAUACACAGUGUGACAGACGGACACGGGGAAUAUUUCCCCAAGAAGAAUUUAACUGCUUUAAAAAUUCUUUUUCUUUUUAAAAGAAAUGGAUUUCUCAACUCACUCUACACACCCCACUAGCAGAACAAUGACCAGGGAAGGAAGGGGGGACGUUCCUGGCACUUGGCCGGCGUGUCUACGGUCUGUGGACAUCGACCGCCUUUCGCGGCUUCAGCGACGAGAGGCCGAAACAGUUCUUUCCCACUCUCCUCCCUUGUAUGUAUUU